GUUUCAGAUGAGAUAUGCACUGCAUGUGAUUUUAAUCGUCCUGGCAAGAAGUGUCUCCGGAAGCUGGAAUGGGUUUGGCGUGGUGAAAUGUACAUGGCAAAAAGAAGUGAUUAUUACCACAUAAAGAGGCAACUCGAGUCUGAACUUGUUGAAGGAGGAGAUUGUCAACGAUCAAAGUCUUUUCUUGAUUUGCCUAAAGCAGAACAAGUAAAGAUCAAGGACCGUUUAAAGAAAUACUGUCAAAAGGCAUCUAAAAGAGUUCUUGAAAAGCCGGUCACAGAAGUUCGAGAAGCAGGGAUCUGCAUGCGAGAAAAUCCUUUUUAUGUUGAUACUGUUCGGAGUUUCCGAGAUAGGAGGUAUGAAUACAAAGGCCUUAAUAAAGUUUGGAAAGGUAAGCUGUCUGAAGCAGAGGCUAGUGGAAAUUCCAUGAAGAUUCAAGAAGCACAGGACUUGGUAGUUCUGCAUGAUUCAUUGCAGCUGGCUCAUAAAUGCAUUUUAAACUCCAUUUAUGGUUAUGUCAUGUGCAAGGGUGCAAGAUGGUACUCAAUGGAGAUGGCUGGAGUUGUUACAUAUACUGGUGCAAAAAUCAUUCAGAAUGCUCUAUUGUUGGUUGAAAAAAUUGUAAAACCCCUCGAGUUAGACACAGAUGGUAUUUGGUGUGCAUUACCAGGCUCUUUCCAGAAUUAUACCUUCAAGACAAAAGAUCCAAAGAAGAAGCUGACAAUCUCUUAUCCCUGUGUAAUGCUGAAUGUUGAUGUGGCAAGAAACUAUACCAAUGAUCAGUACCAGACUCUCAAGGACCCCAUCAAUAAGAUGUAUACAAUACACAGUGAAUGCUCAAUUGAGUUUGAAGUGGAUGAACCAUAUAAGGCAAUGAUUCUUCCCGCUUCCAAGGAAGAAGGUAUUCUAAUUAAGAAGUGCUAUGCAGUUUUCAAUGAUGAUGGUACGCUUGCCGAACUUAAAGGUUUUGAGAUUAAACGUAGAGGUGAGCUAAAGCUCAUCAAAGUUUUCCAGGCUGAACUUUUUGACAAGUUCCUCCACGGAUCAACCUUAGAGGAAUGUUAUUCCGCAGUUGCUUCUGUGGCUGAUCGGUGGCUUGACCUGCAUGAUAAUCAAGGCCAAGAUAUUGCAGACAGUGAGUUGCUUGGAUAUAUAUCUGAAUCAAGCACAAUGAGCAAGUCCCUAGCCGAUUAUGGUGAGCAAAAGUCAUGUGCAGUAACAACAGCUAAAAGGCUUGCUGAUUUUCUGGGGGAUGCGAUGGUUAAAGAUACAGGAUUGCUUUGUCAAUAUAUUGUUGCAUGUGAGCCAAAGGGAACCCCAGUAAGUGAACGUGCUAUUCCUGUUGCAAUAUUUGAAACUAAUGCUGAGAUCAUGAGGUUCUAUGUCAAAAAGUGGUGCAAAAUAUCAUCAGAAGAUGGAAUACGCUCCAUCAUUGAUUGGUCUUAUUACAAGCAACGGCUUAGUUCAGUAAUUCAAAAGAUUAUCACAAUUCCUGCUGCAAUGCAGAAGGUUUCAAACCCUGUCCCAAGGGUGGUUCAUCCGGAUUGGCUGCAUAAGAAGGUUCGUGAAAAAGAAGACAAAUUUCGCCAACAAAAAUUAAAUGAUAUCUUCUGUUCAGUGAAUACAGAUGACACAGUGGCCAGUAAACAUUCUAAAGAUCAGCAAAAUUGUGAAGACCUGGAAGACUUUAGACAGUGUGGUAAAUCCUCUAUAUUUGGUCCAAGGCCUGUUGUCCAUCGUCAUGGAGUCAACAAAGAACAUCCACUGAGCACUAGUGAUCAAUUGGACAGUCGACAGCAAAAUGGUCAUGCAUGCAGUCUCUCCAAGGUGUUACCUUCACAAGAAAUUGCUGCUGUGGAAGAUAUUGACAGGAAUGUAGAUUAUAAUGGAUGGCUACAGCAGAAAAAGAGAAAAUGGAAAGAGAAUCGUGAAGAAAGGAAACACCAAAGGUUGGAUACCCCAAAGACAGUAAACCAUGCUAAUGGCAGUACUGACAUGCUUCAUAACAUGGUAAACCGUUACUUUGAGCAACAAGAAUUAGCCCUCCUCACACGAAGUCACUGGCAGAUAGUUCAGCUUGAACCAACUUCACAACAUGGCCAAUUUUUUGCAUGGGUAGUUGUAGGAGGAGUCAUGCACAACAUUUCAGUAACUACUCCCAGAGUGUUUUACCUCAACUCCAAAACUCCUAUAACAGAGGAGUUUCCUGGAAGACGUGUCAACAAAAUUCUUCCUCAUGGACGCCAUAGCUACAAUUUAAUUGAGGUCACUAUUGAUGAGCAUCAAUUCAAGUCAGACGUGGAGGGAAUAUAUGAAACAAAGGUUCCAUUAGAGUUCAGUGCUAUUCUUCAGAUGGGUUGUGUAUGUAAGGUUGAUAAAGCAACUAAGAAAAGGAAUCCACAAGAUGGUUGGAGUUUGAGUGAGCUGCAUAUGAAGACAACAACUGAGUGCUCGUAUUUGGAUCAAUCAAUAGCUUUCUUUUAUUUAUAUCAUAGUGUGUCGGAUGUACGAGCCAUUUACGUGGGACAUUUUCCUACCUCCAUGAUGAUACAUGUUGUGGUUGUUAAUCCAUUUCAAAACAGGGAAUUAUCACCACACAUUCUUGAAAGACAUUUUUAUGAAGCUUGCCAAACAUUGUCUGGGCAGAAAAUCACACAAAAAGAAGGUAUUAGUUUUAAGGUGGACUACGUCGGGUACAUCAAGGAUGCUGAGAGGAUUCUACAGAGAGCAAUUACUGAGCAUAGGCAUCAUGGACCUGCGAUUGCCAUGAUUGAGUGUCCUAAUACCCAUUUACUGAAGUCUGGCAUACGAGCUUUGGAGGAUUUUCCUUGCAUCAGUAUCCCUUGUAAUGCUCGGGAUAGCCAAUAUCAGGCACUAUGUUGGCAAAAUGUAGCAGCAAAGAUUGGAAUGCAGCGAUGUGCGACAUCUUCCCAGUGGCUAAAUGAAAGGAUCACUCUCUCAAGAUAUGCCCAUGUUCCCAUAGGGAAUUUUGAUGUUGAUUGGCUCAUGCAUACUGCAGAUAUCUUCUUUUCUAGAGCACUUCGUGAUCAGCAACAGGUCUUGUGGAUAUCUGAUAAUGGCAUCCCUGACUUAGGAGGCGUAAAUGAUGAAGUAUCAUCUUUUAUGGAUGAGGUCAAUCAACCGGUUCUUACUUACCCGGGCGCAUAUAGAAAAGUUACUGUUGAGCUGAAGAUUCAUCAUCUGUCUGUCAAUUCUCUACUGAAAAGCAACCAAGUAAAUGAAAUGGAACGAGGCACUCUGUUUGGAUUGGACCAGGACUUGAACCCUAUGACGAAUUUUACUAAUGAACAGUACUUCUCUGAUGUAACAACCUCCUGUGCACCUGCAUUUCGUGUACUCAAGCAGUUGAUUCAAAGGUGCAUUACAGAUGCAGUAACAUCAGGAAACAUAUUUGCUGAUGCCAUGCUGCAACAUUUGUAUCGAUGGCUCUGCAGAGAAUUGUUUGAGUGGAUUGAACUUGAGCCCUUGCAGUUUUGGCACUCAUUGCUUUUCAUGGAUCAGUACAAUUAUGGCGGAAUUCAAGCUAAACUUAGUGAUGGAUCUGUAGAAAACUCACAACCAGGUGAAGAAAGUGUGUGGGGUGAAUCUCAAGUAGAUAUUGUGUCAAGCUGGAACAUUGCAGAAAAUUUGCCGAAGGCAACUCAGGAUCACUUCAUUUUGAUUGUUUCGGAGUUUAUGUAUAUUCCAUGGAAAUAUGCACGAGAACAUGCUGCACUUCGAGCAUCUACUAGUGAUGGUGAUUUAUGUACACCAUCAAUCACUGCUGCACUUGCUGAAACAUUUGAUUUGCAAAUGGCAGAAGACCUAAAGAAGAAGAUCCGAACUUACUUCACUGACAAACUUCUGAAAAUUGUUUGUGCCCUUAAUCUUCAAAUGAAAGUACUGAACAACUCUCAGAAGAACCAGGAGACACCAGAUGCAAAUUCACAGCCUUAUAGCCAUGUCGAGAAGGGGGAUCCAGCUUUAGAGUUCAUUAAGCAUGUCUGUGCAGUUUUGGCCCUUGACAAGAACGUGCAGCACGAAGUUCUGAUCAUGAGGAGAAAUCUAUUAAAACUUGUUCGCGUGAGGGAAUUUGCUCCAGAGGCAGAAUUUCGUAGUCUCUCUGUAUCAUAUACCCUUCCAAAUGUCAUUUGCAGUUACUGCAAUGAUUGCCGAGACCUUGACUUGUGUCGAGACAGAGCGUUGAUUUCUCACGAAUGGCGUUGUGCUGUGCCCCAGUGUGGGCAACCUUAUGAUCGUGAAGCAAUGGAAAAUGCUCUUGUUCAAAUUGUGCGGCAGAGAGAGAAACUAUACCAUCUUCAGGAUCUGGUCUUCUUGAACAUAGCCGUAAAUCUAAAGUUUCAAUUGCUCCAAGAAUGCACUUCUUGGAUUUUGGAAGCCAGAUAACUACAAGAAUCAGAUUAGUGCACCUCAUUAUCAGUGACAAAUCGUUUGAGAACUUGAUCAUUUGCUUGCUGCUCUGCAUGUACGAGGGUGCUUCAUGGCGUCCAAAGCAAGAUUUAAUUAUUAUCAAUACAGAACUACAUCCCUAGUAUUCGAGGAGUCAGUGAAACGGGAGCUGACCGGUUUUAGAAAUUCAGCUGUCUGCAUCGGCUUUUAGUAAACGCCCUCAAGGAGUGCCACCACCGGAAAAGUGUCGGUUAUCUGUACUACUGGGAUAAAUAUUGCAUCCAGUAUACCCAUUGUGUAGUUUCCAAAUCAAACCAAACAAUUAGGAGAUCUGUUUUAACUUCUUAGUUUCCGCUUUGAGCUGAGAGUCUAUCGUAAAAGAUUGGUGUUGUACUGUGCAUUUUGACAAGAUACCACUACAUCUUUUUCUUUAAAGGAGUAAUGAAAUAUAUUUUAUCAGCA